ACAGGUGUAUGACGCAAAACAGUCGGUCUGUCCACCAUCACAAAACCCGAGUUACAAGUUCACAUCCCAUACUUGCACCGUAUCCGCAAAAUAUAUGCUUAAUUGUACAACGAAGUACAUAUCCUCAGAAAGCAGAUUCAGCAUGACGUAAGGGCCUGUGAACCUCAACCUGACCUGCUAUCAUCGGACUCUUCUCUUUAGACACUAAAAAAAAACACCAUGUCAACAGGUAGUUACUCUCCAGCCCCAGGGGGGCCUUUUGCGGCCCUCACACCCAGCAUGUGGCCCCAGGACAUCCUGGCAAAGUACUGUCAGAAAGACCCCAGUAUGGAAGCAGAACUGCAUUAUGAUGAAUUUGGGUUCCGGAUUGAUAGUGAAGACGGUGUUGAGCCACGAAAAUGGCUGCGUGGUGAGGGAGCUCCUCAGAGAGAAGACCCUCAGCAAAGACUUCGCUGGCAAGCCCAUCUGGAGUUCACCCACAAUAACACCGUAGGAGACCUGACAUGGGACAAGAUCUCCCCCACACUGGCCCGCUCAGACCGCCUUCGGUCCCUUGUGCUGGGGGGCAUACCGCACAGCAUGAGACCACAGUUGUGGAUGCGUUUAUCAGGGGCCCUGCAGAAAAAGCGAACAUCAGAAAUUUCCUACAGGGAAAUCGUCAAAAACAGCUCUAAUAAUGACACUACAGCAGCCAAGCAGAUAGAAAAGGAUCUUUUGCGGACCAUGCCCACUAAUGCAUGCUUCAACACUUUGACGAGUGUGGGGGUGCCCAAGCUCAGGCGGGUCCUGAGAGGGCUUGCGUGGCUGUAUCCCGACAUCGGCUACUGUCAGGGCACAGGCAUGGUGGUGUCCUGCCUUCUGUUGUUUCUGGAGGAGGAAGAUGCUCUGUGGAUGAUGUGUGCUCUGAUAGAGGACAUGCUGCCUCCCGCAUACUUCUCUUCCACUCUGUUGGGUGUUCAAACUGACCAGCGUGUGCUCAGACAGCUCAUAGUGCAGUAUCUGCCUCGCCUGGAUCAGCUGCUACAGGAGCAUGACAUUGAACUGUCUUUAAUCACUCUACACUGGUUCCUCACUGCAUUUGCCAGUGUGGUGGACAUACGCAUCCUGCUGCGAAUCUGGGACCUGCUCUUCUACGAGAGCUCAGUGGUGCUCUUCCAGGUUACACUGGGCAUGCUGAAGAUCAAGGAGGAAGAGCUGGUAUCGUCUGAGAACUCUGCAUCCAUCUUCAACACGCUGUCAGAUCUGCCCAGUCAACUAGAGGACGGGGCCACAGUGCUGGGAGAGGCUGUGCGUCUGGCAGGAUCUCUGUCUCAGGAUAACCUAGAUACACACAGACACAAGCAUUUGGCCUACAUCCUGGCAGAGCAGGCCCAGCUCAACUCCAACAACUCCCAUUCUCUCCACACCAACCUCAACAAGGUGGUCCGUAGACAAAGCCUGCACAGGAAAUCCACCUUGAGCUCGCUGCUCUGGGGCGAGGACGAGGUGGAGGCGCUAAAGGCCAAAAACAUUAAACAGACAGAGCUGGUGGCAGCGCUGAGAGAAGCCAUCAGUCGCACAGCAGAACACUUUCACUGCCUGGACCCCCACAACUGCAGCACUGAUUUGACUCCAGACUAUUCUAUGGAGAGUCAUCAAAGGGAUCACGAGAACUUCCUGGUCGUGUCUCGGAAUCGUCGGAGACGAGCCAAAGCCUUACUGGACUUUGAAAGGCAUGACGAUGAUGAACUGGGUUUUCGGAAGAAUGACAUCAUCACAAUCAUCUCACAGAAAGACGAGCACUGCUGGGUGGGAGAGCUGAACGGCCUGAGAGGCUGGUUUCCUGCAAAAUUUGUGGAAGUCUUGGAUGAACGAAGUAAAGAGUACUCUCUGGCUGGAGAUGACACCGUAACUGAGGCAGUCAAUGACUUGGUCAGAGGCUCGUUGUGUCCUGCUCUCAAGGCCAUCUUUCAGCACGGCCUGAAGAAGCCCUCCAUACUUGGGGGACCCUGUCACCCAUGGCUCUUCAUUGAGGAGGCAGCCAGCAGAGAAGUGGAGAGAGAUUUCAACUCUGUCUACUCCAGACUGGUGCUGUGCAAGACCUACAGGUUAGAUGAAGAUGGGAAGGUGCUCACACCUGAAGAGCUACUGUACAGGGCAGUGCAGUCUGUCAACAUGAGCCAUGACACUGCACAUGUUCAGAUGGACGUCAAGUUCCGCUCGCUCAUCUGUGUGGGCUUAAAUGAGCAGGUGCUGCACCUGUGGCUGGAGGUGUUGUGUUCCAGUAUGAGUGCCGUGGAGAAAUGGUACCAUCCCUGGUCUUUCCUGCGCAGUCCUGGCUGGGUUCAGAUAAAGUGUGAACUCAGAGUUCUCUCUAAGUUUGCCUUCAGUCUCUCCCAAGACUGUGAGCUGCCUACCAAAAAAGAGAAGACUCCCGUUCUCAAAUCAGAAGUGGUGGAUGUCUUGGUCCAACAUCACCUCUUUAGUUGGGACCUCUAGGAGAAGGAGCAGAGGCCUUUGAAGGAGGGAGUUCAGGACAUGUUGGUGAAACAUCACCUCUUCAGCUGGGACAUCGAUGGCUAAAACAUCACACACAUCCCAUGAGCUGCAAACAUAGGACAAAUCACUCUCCAUCUGCAGAAAAACAGGGGUUACAUGUGAAAUUCAUGUUCAUUUCAUGUACAGCUUUAUGUCACAUGGCUGAAAUGGUGAGUGUUUGUGUCUUGGCACAAUAGUUUCACUUUUUGUCUCUUUUUUUUUUAAGAGUCUGUCUGUUCAAAGGAGGAGUCCUUUGCCAAGAGUUCACACAGAAUCAAACAACAGAAAGGGCCAGUGUGGUCUGCCUGCAAGCACUUCAUAUCCUCCGAAGCAAAAUAAAUAUUGCACCAUUUGGGGCACAA